AAACUUUAUAAUUUCUCAACAGUCAUCUCUUGAUGCUUACGUAACUUCUAUUCUAUUGACCAACCAUUACAAAUUCUGUUCCUCCUCUUUUCAUAUAUUAUGCAACUUAGCAACUUCUUAACUUAAUAAUUACUUUGAAUAUUAAUCAUCUUCCUCCCAAAAUACUAGAUGCUAAUUUAAAUGUCAUUAUGUAAUUAUUACGUAACUUAUCCACUCAAUGAGUAUUAUAUCAUUAUUGUAAAUCAUAUAUAUAUUAGUGUAGAGCCAUGAUGAAAAACUAAUUGAAAAGAAAUUUCUUCGCUCAAUUCGUUCCUUCUGUAUUUAUCAAAUGUCCAAAUGGGAAUUUUCACUAUAUUAAAACGUUCUGAGCAUUCAUUUGCGCUAAAGGUUCUCAACGAGUAUAUGAAUUAUAGCGCCAGGCUCAGCGAGGCGAGGAUCAAUGUCGAUUUUAUAAAGGAUUGCAUAGAAACCAACUUGUAUCCGAAAUUGUAUUGGAAGUCUUUACGUCGCUCUCGAGUACGACCAAAUGGAAGAACUCUCAAACGUUACGCCCUAAAUCAAAUUGAUUCUCUAAACUCAUAUAUUGCAGAGAUGAUAAAAAAUGUCAAUGAGAGAAAUUACGUGGUAGAAGAUCUCCCUGAUAAAUUAAGAGAACAAUAUCUGGAAUAUGUUGAGAUGGUGGUUAACUCAAGAAAAGAAAAGAAAAGGAUUAAACUUAAGAAAAAUCUAGACAAACAGAUUUCAGAAAUGAAAUUUCCGACCAAUCCAAGUCAGUAUGUACACAAUUUUUCUAGUGUUAUUUUGGAAAAAACUGAAUUAGAAGCAUUAUCAUUAGGCCCAAAGUUUUGUGACUCUAAGAAAACAGUCAAUAAAAUGGACGUAAAAAUUCAAUUUGAAAAUCUUUAUGCUCAAACGGCAGAACUAGUAUCAUCAUCAAAAGAUAAUAUCGAAAGAUUUAAAUCAACACUUGUCGAUUGUUGCUUUAAAUACUUAAAUCAUGGACAUAAUAUGAAAGGAAUUUUGACGAAAAAACAUUUAGAAGCUUUAAGAAAACUUAAAACUAAUGAUAAUUUAUUAAUCACGAAACCGGACAAAGGACAUGGGAUAGUACUCAUGGAUAAAAAUAACUAUAUAAACAAAAUGAAAGCCCUUUUAAAUGAUAAAAGCAAAUUUCAGAAACUGGUUGGGAAGAACGACAUAGUAGACAAGAUUGAAAAACAACUAACAGAUUCACUGAAAGAAAUUAAACAACAAGGAUUUAUUUCAGAAAAAGAGUUCGAAAUUUUAAAACCUACAGGAACGAUUACACCAAGGCUAUAUGGCCUACCAAAAAUACACAAAAGCGGCCUACCCCUUCGACCAGUUUUAGAUAUGAAUAACUCAGCGUAUCACACUAUAGCAAAAUGGUUGGUACAAAUUCUCAAACCAUUACACAAAGAAAUUGUCAAACAUAGUGUCAAGGAUUCUUUCGAAUUUGUUGACAAUAUAAAACAUCUAUCGGUCAAGAAUAAUUUCAUGAUAUCACUGGAUGUUUCAUCCCUAUUCACGAACAUUCCACUACUGGAAACGGUAGAAUUUAUUUGCAAAGAACUAACAGUGAGGCACAUUGAAACCGCAAUUCCCAUAUCCGCAUUAAAACGGUUAAUUCUCAAAUGCACAAUGAAUGUGCAAUUCAGAUUCGACAAUGAAUAUUAUAGACAAAUAGAUGGGGUGGCCAUGGGGUCACCGUUGGGCCCUCUACUAGCGGACAUUUUCCUUGCAAAACUGGAAAAUGGACCACUUAGAAGCACUAUUAGCCACUUACCAACUUAUUAUCGCUACAUUGACGAUACUUUCAUAGUGUUAGAAAAAGAGUGUGACAAAGACAAUUUACUUAAUACAUUUAAUAACGUUCACCCAUCUAUUAAUUUUACAUCAGAAGAUGAACAGAAUAAUAGCAUAUCGUUCUUAGAUGUCCAACUAACCAGACGAGCAGAUGGGACUUUAAAAAGAGGAUUACACAGAAAGUCGGCAACAGUACAAUACACCCAUUUCUACAGUGCAGUGCCAAUUAGAUACAAAAGGAACUUGAUAAAGAUCUUGACCCAUAGGGCCAGAAGGAUUUGUUCGGAAGACACCAUUGAAGAAGAAUUAGCUAAGAUUCGGAACAUACUCAGUACGAAUGGGUACCCUUUGAAAUUCAUUGACAAACACAUGAUGGAGAAGAAACCAAAAGCGAAGAUACCCACGGUCCCGAAGAAAGUACUAUUCAUAAAAUUACAAUACAUAAAUGAGACUACUGAAGAGAUCGUGACCCAGAAACUAAGAAGAGCUGUACAAAAAACAUUUAAUGCAGCCAAACUGAAUACUAUCUUCUAUAACUACCCCAAAAUAAGAACGACUAGCAAAGACAGACUGCCUGAAUUCGCCAAAUCUAUGUGUAUCUACCAGUUCAACUGCUCCUGUGGAGCCAGUUAUAUAGGGCGUACAAUUCGGCAAGUUCGUCACCGCAUUACAGGACAUCAUCCAUCGUGGCUAAAUAAAGGACAGGUAAAAGUGAUUAAAAGUUCUAUUCUCGCUCAUUUGGUUGACACAGGUCACCAAGUUGAAUUGAAUAAAGCUUUUAAGGUUAUCUACCAUAUCCCAUCAAAUUUACCACAUAGUUUACGAGUGCGCCUUUUACACAUUGCGGAAGCCAUCGCAAUCCAUACUCAUAAACCUGACCUUUGCAUUCAGAAGAAAUUUGUCCAACCACUUUCGCUGCCUUGGCCAUCUGUAUAACAUUCCAUUUAACUGAACUAUUUUCCAUACUUAUAGCAUUUGGUUUAUAGUUUUUAAUUUUUUUUUUUCCUUUUCUUUUAAACUUUAUAAUUUCUCAACAGUCAUCUCUUGAUGCUUACGUAACUUCUAUUCUAUUGACCAACCAUUACAAAUUCUGUUCCUCCUCUUUUCAUAUAUUAUGCAACUUAGCAACUUCUUAACUUAAUAAUUACUUUGAAUAUUAAUCAUCUUCCUCCCAAAAUACUAGAUGCUAAUUUAAAUGUCAUUAUGUAAUUAUUACGUAACUUAUCCACUCAAUGAGUAUUAUAUCAUUAUUGUAAAUCAUAUAUAUAUUAGUGUAGAGCCAUGAUGAAAAACUAAUUGAAAAGAAAUUUCUUCGCUCAAUUCGUUCCUUCUGUAUUUAUCAAAUGUCCAAAUGGGAAUUUUCACUAUAUUAAAACGUUCUGAGCAUUCAUUUGCGCUAAAGGUUCUCAACGAGUAUAUGAAUUAUAGCGCCAGGCUCAGCGAGGCGAGGAUCAAUGUCGAUUUUAUAAAGGAUUGCAUAGAAACCAACUUGUAUCCGAAAUUGUAUUGGAAGUCUUUACGUCGCUCUCGAGUACGACCAAAUGGAAGAACUCUCAAACGUUACGCCCUAAAUCAAAUUGAUUCUCUAAACUCAUAUAUUGCAGAGAUGAUAAAAAAAUGUCAAUGAGAGAAAUUACGUGGUAGAAGAUCUCCCUGAUAAAUUAAGAGAACAAUAUCUGGAAUAUGUUGAGAUGGUGGUUAACUCAAGAAAAGAAAAGAAAAGGAUUAAACUUAAGAAAAAUCUAGACAAACAGAUUUCAGAAAUGAAAUUUCCGACCAAUCCAAGUCAGUAUGUACACAAUUUUUCUAGUGUUAUUUUGGAAAAAACUGAAUUAGAAGCAUUAUCAUUAGGCCCAAAGUUUUGUGACUCUAAGAAAACAGUCAAUAAAAUGGACGUAAAAAUUCAAUUUGAAAAUCUUUAUGCUCAAACGGCAGAACUAGUAUCAUCAUCAAAAGAUAAUAUCGAAAGAUUUAAAUCAACACUUGUCGAUUGUUGCUUUAAAUACUUAAAUCAUGGACAUAAUAUGAAAGGAAUUUUGACGAAAAAACAUUUAGAAGCUUUAAGAAAACUUAAAACUAAUGAUAAUUUAUUAAUCACGAAACCGGACAAAGGACAUGGGAUAGUACUCAUGGAUAAAAAUAACUAUAUAAACAAAAUGAAAGCCCUUUUAAAUGAUAAAAGCAAAUUUCAGAAACUGGUUGGGAAGAACGACAUAGUAGACAAGAUUGAAAAACAACUAACAGAUUCACUGAAAGAAAUUAAACAACAAGGAUUUAUUUCAGAAAAAGAGUUCGAAAUUUUAAAACCUACAGGAACGAUUACACCAAGGCUAUAUGGCCUACCAAAAAUACACAAAAGCGGCCUACCCCUUCGACCAGUUUUAGAUAUGAAUAACUCAGCGUAUCACACUAUAGCAAAAUGGUUGGUACAAAUUCUCAAACCAUUACACAAAGAAAUUGUCAAACAUAGUGUCAAGGAUUCUUUCGAAUUUGUUGACAAUAUAAAACAUCUAUCGGUCAAGAAUAAUUUCAUGAUAUCACUGGAUGUUUCAUCCCUAUUCACGAACAUUCCACUACUGGAAACGGUAGAAUUUAUUUGCAAAGAACUAACAGUGAGGCACAUUGAAACCGCAAUUCCCAUAUCCGCAUUAAAACGGUUAAUUCUCAAAUGCACAAUGAAUGUGCAAUUCAGAUUCGACAAUGAAUAUUAUAGACAAAUAGAUGGGGUGGCCAUGGGGUCACCGUUGGGCCCUCUACUAGCGGACAUUUUCCUUGCAAAACUGGAAAAUGGACCACUUAGAAGCACUAUUAGCCACUUACCAACUUAUUAUCGCUACAUUGACGAUACUUUCAUAGUGUUAGAAAAAGAGUGUGACAAAGACAAUUUACUUAAUACAUUUAAUAACGUUCACCCAUCUAUUAAUUUUACAUCAGAAGAUGAACAGAAUAAUAGCAUAUCGUUCUUAGAUGUCCAACUAACCAGACGAGCAGAUGGGACUUUAAAAAGAGGAUUACACAGAAAGUCGGCAACAGUACAAUACACCCAUUUCUACAGUGCAGUGCCAAUUAGAUACAAAAGGAACUUGAUAAAGAUCUUGACCCAUAGGGCCAGAAGGAUUUGUUCGGAAGACACCAUUGAAGAAGAAUUAGCUAAGAUUCGGAACAUACUCAGUACGAAUGGGUACCCUUUGAAAUUCAUUGACAAACACAUGAUGGAGAAGAAACCAAAAGCGAAGAUACCCACGGUCCCGAAGAAAGUACUAUUCAUAAAAUUACAAUACAUAAAUGAGACUACUGAAGAGAUCGUGACCCAGAAACUAAGAAGAGCUGUACAAAAAACAUUUAAUGC